UCAAGUACCGGGAAGCGCGGGGCGCCCAGGGAGCCGCAACCCCGCGUUCGGCUGGUUGCUCUGGAGCCGGGUCGCGUGGCCUCCUGCCCGCUCGCCUCCUGCCAUGGGGAGCACCGAGAGCAGCGAGGCCCGCAGGGUGUCCUUCGGAAUGGACGAGGAGGAGCGGGUCCGGGUGCUGCAGGGCAUCCGGCUGUCUGAAAAUGUGGUUAACCGCAUGAAGGAUUCCAGCCAGUCUUGCCAAGCGGGGCAGCCUGCUUCCUCUCCUGCUCAUGCACCUUCUACAUUUGGGACCUCUAAAGGCCCAGAGAAAGACUCCACACCGCCCAGGUCUGAGUACUGUGGUGGCCGGCAGUCCUCCGGGGUAGAGGAGGAGUUCCUCAAGAGGUAUAAACAGGAGCAGGCCAAGGUCCAGGAUGAGCUGUUCCAGGUGGUGACGAGGGAAAGAGAGGCAGCCACAAAGCACAGAAGUGUAUCCCUGCAGCGGGGGGAGGGCAGCGCUGACCCAGAGAAGCAGAAGUCAACCCAGCUGGCCAAGGAGCUGGAGAGUCGCGAGUCAGAGCUGAGCCGCCGUGACACCUUCUAUAAGGAGCAGCUGGGGCGCAUUGAGAGGAAGAAUACCGAGAUGUAUAAACUGUCUUCCCAGCAAUUCCAUGAGGCAGCUUCGAAAAUGGAGGGCACGAUAAAAAUCCUGGUCCCUCAAGGCCUAGCUCUCUUGGCAGCCUUGAGCUCCAAAGGACUGUUGCCUCUCCAUACUCCUAUGAGAUUGCCAGAAGCCCUGAGGCUUCUCUACCCUUUAGCUAAUGCUGUUUGCCCAACUCUCAGCCUCCCUUCCUGCAUCGAGAACUGCCAAAAAACUCAGUGUGGACAAGUGGCUCCAGAACGGUGGCUCCUGUUCAGAAGAAAUCUGAUGUGACGUGUGAACACGUGAGGCGCCGAUGAGCUGCCACUCUGGAUGGAGCCAGAAUGGACAUCGAGACUCUGGCAUCAGAAGCCCAGCUCCUGGAAGGCUAGGGGUCCGGGGGAAAGUGGACUUCUUCCCUUCCAGGCUGCCCCAUCACUACCUUCGUGAGGGCCCAGCCCACUGCCCUGGAGUCCUGCAUGUGCUGCUGGCUGGGUUUGGGCUGAUGUGCCAUCUCACGCAUUAGCAGGGAGAUGACAGAAGAUGAACCCUGAAAGCAGGCAGCGUGGCUUUUGCUGGCAGGUGUAGCCAAAGGUUCUAUCUGGAACAAAGUUGAAAUGUUACUGAGCAAAGGAUACCUAGAAAUUCGCCAGUGGUUUUGUGUCACAUAAGCCAUCAAGCACUGGGCAGCGGCACUUCCUGCUGUGCUGCUCAGGCUUGCGGGGGCCGGGGGGGGGCAGCGCACAGCGGUGAAAGGGCCGAGAAGCUGAAAGACAGAGAGGGAGAAGCCUAGCCAGAGGAUGUGCCUAUAUUCGUCUUAGAAGGAGACUCUGAUUGGUACAGGCCUAGAGCCUUGAACUGCAGCUUGAAAAUUUAAGUUAGAUCUAGGGAAGGACUUCCGGACUUGCAAUGAGUGCUCUUAACAUAAUGGAGGGAAGGAAGCUCUACAGCCUUUAUCUUCCUCUGGAGAUGUUUAAGGAAAAGCCAAGUAUUGCUCUAUACCCAGAAUGUGGUAUAUGCCAGCCCUCUUCCCCAUCUGAUCACAAACAACAGAAGGGCCACUUCCUCUGCGUCAGUGUUCUGUUGGCCUCCCCUGGCUGGCAGGCAGCCGGCCAUGGGGUUUCUCCCUGGGAGAGUUUCCUAGUGGUUUGCGCCUGACCCCUGCUUAGGGCAGGGAUACUGUCCCCACUUCUAGUGACUCAGUCUGGAGCUCCUGCUCUGGUUCUGUGGGCCAUCAUCCACAGCAGGGAGUCGGGGAGGGCCUAGUUGUAUUUGCCCAUAACUUCCUGGUUGUGAAAACUUUGACAAUCACUUCUCUUUAAAGAGAGGGUUAGGUGAUGGUGAUCUGGACCCCCCACUGGGGCUGGUGCAAGACACAGCGUGUACAUGAUAGACAAGACGUGCUCUUCGCCUCCGCGAGAACACAGAUGCCACCGGCCUGCAGCCUGCCCACCUCUGCAGACAGCACCCACCCCCUCCACAUGUGUCUCCCAACAUGUCCCCCGGCCCAUCCCAGAUUAGUUAGCUGUGUCUCUGAGGUGCCUCAUAGAACCUAGGGACACUUCCUGGGGUGCAACUUAGAGCAUUGUUUCACACUUUUGUGUUAGAAGCACCAUAUUGUGGUCAGGAACCUUGUUUUACUCAUCUUUGUAUCCGCGGGUCCCGUACUUAUGCCUUCACUCUGUAUUUAGUGAGUGGAACCACUGUAACAUAUGGUAACUGCUACAGCAGUGUAUGGAAAAGCCAGUCUGGGAGCGGAAGAGAUGGAGCAGUUAAUUCUUCUUGAGCACAGUGGGGCUUCAGAGAUGGAUUCAUGUUUGUGCUGGGUCUAGGCAGGCUCCGCUGUCCAUGGUCAGUGUACGCAGUCUGAGAGUGGCUCCUUUCUCUGUGGGCUGUUAGAAGAAGGUAGGGCACUGGUGUUGGGGGAGAAGCAGAUACUGAGGGGGUACGGAUGAAGCUCAGAUGUGGCUGGAAGGGCGGGCUGGUCCAUUUGUAAAGGGCCUUCCGUGCAUACGAAAGAAUUUGGAAUUCACCCUACAGGCAGUGGCAAGCCAUAAAAAAGCUUUUAAGCAGGGAAUUGAUAUGAUCGAAUUUGUGUUUUAGAAAGAUAACUGGCAGCUUCUGGGAGAUGAAACGGUAAGGGUGUUGAGGUGGGAGGGAGGAAGCCUGUUUAGGAAGCUGCCACAGUACUACUAGCCGGGAUGACUCACACAUUCAGCAGACACGUGCUGAGGGGCCCCGUGCGGCACGGCCCAGGCAGGGCACAGCCGUGGGCCCUGCAGAGAGGGUUCCCUCGCUCAGGGCAGCCGGAUGGACAAACGUUCAGCAGUGAAAUAAGAUGAUUCUAAGUGCCGUGAGGAGAAUAAAAGGAGAUAAUGGGAUAGAGAGGACUGGAACUUCUGGCCAGAGGGUCAGGGAUGGACUAUCCGACACUGGAGCAGCACCAAGCAACAAGAAGGGGCUGUGCAGAUACCCAGGCAUGGGCGUGGUCGAUCCCUGGGAGACUCUGCGUGUCGGUGGGAAUGGAUGAGGAGCGGGAAGGCAGGGAGGCUCCUGACCAACGGCUGGACAGGAGCAUGAGCAUAAGCGCUUGGAGGGUUUGUGUACCAUCCCCAGGGCUGUAGACAGAUGAGGGGUUCCUUAGCCGCCCCAAUACCAGAGAAAGGAGGGGCAGGGGAACCUGUCUGACGACCAUGCGGGGGGCAGUGGGCUCAGCGAUGGUCCUGUUGUGUUCAAAGCUCCUAGAGCCCGUUCCCCGGGUGGACCCCACUUGGCGGGCUCUGAAUGGCAGCCAUGACUCUAGGGCAAGGGCAGCCUCCAGGGGCAGCCAGCCUCUGCCCUGUACUUUCUUACUGCUCAGAGACCCAUGACUCAGGAAGGUGGACUUAGAGAUGACAGUUUGUUAAUCCCCUCCCCUCUACAAAGACAAAAAUGGCAUUUCAUUCCCAGCUCUAUUAGCAGACUCGCCUGGGGACUAAAGCGCGUGUCCCCAGAGGCCCGGCUGGGGCUCUUUUCCUUUGUGCCACUUUUGUUUUCUUUUGAGUGUUACAUUUAGAUUAGCUUCUGGGGAUUAAAUGUUAUUACAGUAGAGGAAUCGUUGUGUUUUGGGUUUUUCUUCUUCUUUUUUUAAUCGGUAAAGAGGUUAGGGCUUAGCAUUCUUGUCAUUAGAUUUAUUUUUCCUGGUCCUGUUGCCUCCCCUGUUCUGGUUCUUAAGAGAAAGCUUUUGCUUGGGUUUCAUCAUGGUCAUUUCUGCCUGGGAAGGAGCAGCCUCGUCGCAAGCGGGGCCUUUCUGUCUAGCUUGAGGAUGGGCCUUAGCACAACAGCAGCACCACCUCGCCCUGCCCUGGACCCACUCUGGGCAUGCAGCACUUGGGUGUGCAUGCUCAUUCCUCCCAAGAAAGGAGCCCUGGCAGAGGGUCAGGAAAUUGUCAAGUGGUGAAAUGUGGCAGAACUAAAGAAUUCCCCUAAGAUCUAAUCACUGUCAACCACACUGCCCCUCUUUCUGCAAGCAACAAGGGCUCUGGGCUCUGCUGACUGCACCAGAGGCUGCCAGCAGGACCCGCCGUGGCAGAGGCUGGCAGAGGCUGGGUACCGUCUCCUGGUAUCUGAUUCUUCCAGGACAAGGGUGGAUGUUCCAGAAAGAUUUAUUUCCCUGCAGCACUCUAAAAGCAUACUCAUUUUAACAGACCUUAGAGUUCAGUGGAGGCCGGUAUCUCAGGUGGUUGGAUUUCAAGAUCCUGACAGUCUCCAGGCCUUAGGAAGGAAGCACAUGGCAGGGAUGAUGCAGGCUGUGAAUGGCUGAGGUCUCCACCCACUGCCAUCAGAGUUGUCUGUCUCUGUGCGGACCAACAAGAGGGGCUGCCCUGAAGGGUUCACCUUCAGAGAAAUGGCGUACAUGGUAUGGCUGGCCUUGGUUCAUGCUUAUCCCAAGGCUAUAGAUCCAGGCUGGAGUGCACCCUGAGACACCCAGUUCGACCUGUGGCCAUUGGUUGCUGGUUUUAUUGUACAAGAAAGGGCUUUUGUUUCUGGAAUAGUCAGAUCCAAGGGGGUUGAGACCCAUGAUUCCGAGCCUUCUCUGUAACAUCCAGUCUCUCUCUGAGUUGAGGGUAUCCUCACUGGGCUAUGAUUCCUAAGAACUCUCUAAAGUGUUCCAAAACCAUCACUCCCACUGCCCCUGCCCCUACCCCCUACCUCACCCCGCCCUACAAAUGAGAUGAGGUUCUGUGUCACUCUGCCUGUUGGCAUUCCUGAAACUGCACGGCCCUCAGGGUCAUCUAAUCUGAUCCCAGAUAUAGAUGAAUCCUUCCUGGGGUGCUUGCCCCCAGGAGUUCUACUGCCUCCGUGAAAAUGAGCUUAGUUGCCAGCGCCCGUCUUUAUUAAGCUUCCCGUUUCAUCUUUCAUGGCCCUAUUAGAGAAGUGCUCUCUCACGGAGCUCAGGGCUAUGUCUUGGGAACUUCCUAGCUCUGUCCUUGGGACUUUGUAGAGCUCAGUGAAGGUGCCUUUGCAUGCCAGCCCUACAGAUAUUCAAAGGGAACUUUUACAUCCCUUUGUAAAACAUUACAGCUUUAUCCUUCCAGCACUAAUGCCCAGUUCCUGAAACCACCCAAUGAGACACAUGCCUGGCUUCCAGUCUCCAUUUCCAGCCCCUGUGCUCCCUAUUAGCAGCAGGCUCUGGGAGCCAGAGCAGGCUGACCAGCCCGAGUGCAGUGCAGCCAUCACUUCCCUUGUCUAGACACUGGGCUCUGUCUGUAGCACACUCUCACUGGGCUGCAGCACCAUAUUAGCUUGAUGGUCCACUGCCCUGUUAACUGGACCUCACUGACCAUUCAUACAAAGCUUCAGACAAACUUAUCUCAUGCAUGGUCACUAAUUGCUCUAGACUCGGGUUCUGGACCUCAUAUUUAUCCCCAGUAAACGUCAUUUGGGGUAGACUGGACUAAAAGUCCAGCCUAUAGAUUGAUGAUUUGGGUAUGUGGAUUCUGUCAUCUGACAUAUUCAACUUCACGUCUAACUCUGUCUUCCAUAAACUUGCCAGCUCUUCUCUUCAGCUAAGUCAUUGAUGAAAAUGAUAAGUUGCACAAGGCUCAAGAUAGAAUGCCAGUAGAGACCACCUCCAAAGCUGACCUUGCCCAUGUGGGUCCAGGGAUUCAACCAGUUCCUAACAUACUUCCUUGGGCAUCCAGCCUGCAUUAUUCCUCUUUUCCCACUGGAUGGAUGCAGGUAGAGGCUGGGCCUGGUGGGCCACUGUGUGGCCCUGGUCUCCCAGCCAGGAUCCCUGUUACAGGGAAGAGAAGAGAGUAUGGAAUGAUGUGUUUCUGAUUGCCUUGUCUGUUCCUACUAAUCACCUCUCCAUUUUCUAAGUGCUCUGAAACCAGCCUCUUUACUGGGCCACUCUAGAAUCUUAUCUGGGUUCACCUAUGUUUUUUGGAAUGCAUUCUUUUGAAAACCAUGAAAUGGAAGACUAUUCCUUUCCAGUAUCACAGUGUUCCUCAUUCUCCAGGGUUCUGUAAAGGUCACCAAUGGUAACCUGGUGGUCCAGGCCUCAAGUUCUCUUGGUGUUCUCAGGUGCAGGCUUUGAGAGGAGCUUGGUCCUCACCAGUCACCUUCCCGCCCACGAAGACCCUCUGUACUUUUUAGCUAGGAUCUGUCCUGUCUUCUGGGAGGUGGCUGGGAAUAAGAAAAAGACACGGGCUUUGAAGCAGAGAAACCGGAAUUAAAUCCUGGUCAUGCCCCUCAUUCGUUGGUUGAAGCUUGGCCAAGAGUCCCCUCUCUGGGGCGCA